GGAGGAGAGGGCGUUCCGUUGCCGCCCAGUAGGUGGCGCUCUGUACACCUGUCUCAUAGGGUUGUACGGUGGUGGUGUCGCUCCGGGUGUUCGGUCCGCUCUCUCCGCUCCACUAUGAUCGGGCUCCGCGCUCUGCUGGUCCUGCCGAUCCUCAGCUCGGUGUGGGGACGAGAUGCGCCUGACUCCGUGCAAGUGGAGGUGAGGACAUUAGACAAUGGGGCUGUUCAGUUUAUCUGUGUAGAAGACUCCAGUCCACCAGCCACCAACUUCACAUGGAAAAGGAAGGAUACAUAUGACUCUGAUGCAGUGGAGUUGGGAAAUGGAAGAACUUUGUCUGGUGAAAACUUUCAAAGUGGAGUUUACAUCUGUGAGGUCACCAAUCCAAUUGGAAAAUCAUCAGGAUCUCUUCAUUUCUACAAAGCCGCAGGCUCUUCUGAAUGUCUAAAUGUCUGCCAGUGGCCUUUUCUUUGCUGGCAAUGGGUGUCAUCAUUUCUUGCUGGUACAAAAAGCAACCCAUAAUAAGUAAGUAAGUUCAGCCAUUUCUUGCUGU